AUGCCAAUUAAAACUGAUUUGGAUGAACAAUCUGUUUCUCCAUCUGUAAAACCAAUUGAUUUAACAACGACUAGUGACCAUAUAGUAGAAGGAGGAAAAAUGAGUGCAACGACACAAUCAAUUACACCAGUGCAACAACCCGACGUACUUCAGACGAUAACCGGUGAACCUGUAGCUGUGAUGAAAACAGAUAAAGAGACAUUGGAAUUGACGACGUCAGAUAGUAUUGCUCAUACCACCAUUUCCUUAAGCAAAGUAACCAUGUCGCAAGAGUUAGUCAAUGCUUCUACUACACUGCAACUCACUGAUAUUGUAUCAGAAGGACAAGUUGUUGAAAUUGGUUCUGGAAUUGACGGAAAGGUAACAUCAGAUAAAGUAUCAGGUUUUAUAAGCACAUUUAAACCAACACCAAUUCCAAGUAAAGAGCACAAACCAACACCAGAAACAGAUGUUAUUGAUGGAUUUACACAAAAGCAUUUAACAGAUGGCAAAUCAAUUAAAGACGACAAAACACAGGCUCCAGAAAACAUUGAUAUAAUGGAUAAAGAACUCUCCACAAUAAUACCAGAGACAACAGUAGAAGUACAUCAGACAACUAGAAAAAUGGCAGAAAAAUCAACACCGAUUGUUGAAGUUAUUCAAGCUAAGCAUACAACACCAAUGCCAAUUAAAACUGAUCUGGAUGAACAAUCUGUUUCUCCAUCUGUAAAACCAAUUGAUUUAACAACGACUAGUGACCCUAUAGUAGAAGGAGGAAAAAUGAGUGCAACGACACAAUCAAUUACACCAAUGCAACAACCCGACGUAGUUCAGACGACAACCGGUGAACGUGUAGCUGUGAUGCAUACCACCAUUUCUUUAAGCAAAGUAACCAUGUCUCAAGAGUUAGUCAAUGCUUCUACUGCACCGCAACUCACUGAUGUUGUAUCAGAAGGUCAAGUUGUUGGAAUUGGUUCUGGAAUUGAAGGAAAGGUAACAUCAGAUAAAGUAUCAGGUUUUAUAAGCACAUUUAAACCAACACCAAUUCCAAGUAAAGAGCACAAACCCACACCAGAAGCAGAUGUUAUUGAUGGAUUUACACAGAAGCAUUUAACAGAUGGCAAAUCAAUCAAAGACGACAAAACACAGCCUCCGGAAAACAUUGAUAUAAUGGAUAAAGAACUCACCACAAUAAAACCAGAUACAACAGUAGAAGUACAUCUUUUGAAAACAGAGGCUGAAAAAUCGACACCAAUUGUUGAAGUUAUUGAAGCUAAGCUAACAACACCGAUGCCAAUUAAAACUGAUGUGGACGCACAAUCUGUAAAACCAAUUGAUUUAGCAACAACUAGUGACUCUAUAGUAGAAGAAAAAAUGAGUGCAACGACACAGUCAGUUACACCAAUGCAACAUCCCAAUGUAGUUCAGACGACAACCGGUGAAUAUGUAGCUGUGAUGAAAACAGAAAAGGAGACAUUAGAAUCUACAUCGUCAGAUAGUAUUGCUCAUACCACCAUUUCUCUAAGUAAAGUAACCAUGUCUGAAGAGUUAGUUGAUGAAUUGGGCUCCGGUGUUGACAAAACUAUUAUAUCACCUACAAAUGAAACAAAAUUUAAAUCUGACAAACCUAUUCAAGUAACUGAUGUUUUUCCAACCACUGCAAGAUCUGUUGAAGUAGCAUCAACUACUGCUAAGGCCAUCACUGUACAACAAAACACUGAUGCUUUAGAAAAAUUAUUAACAUCUUUAAAACCAGAAUCUUCAGCUUUUGUCGAUGUUUCCACUACGCCGAAAGUCACUGAUAUUGUAUCAGAAAAACAAGAUAUUGUAUUUGGUUCUGGAGUUGAAGGAAAGGUAACAUCAGAAAAAGUACCAGGUUUUAUGAGCACAUUUAAACCAACACCAAUUCCAAGCAAAGUGUACAAACACACACCAGAAGUAGAUGUUAUUGAUGGAUUUACACAGAAGCAUCUAACAGAUGUCAAAUCAAUUAAAGACGACAAAACACAGGCUCCGAAAAACAUUGAUAAAAUGGAUAAAGAACUCACCACAAUAAAACCAGAUACAACAGUAGAAGUACAUAUUACAUGGAAAACAGAGGCUGAAAAAUCGACACCAAUUGUUGAAGUUAUUGAAGCUAAGACAACAACACCGAUGCCAAUUAAAACUGAUGUGGACGAACAAUCUGUAAAACCAAUUGAUUUAGCAACAACUAGUGACCCUAUAGUAGAAGGAGAAAAAAUUAGUGCAACGACACAGUCAGUUACACCAAUGCAACAACCCAACAUAGUUCAGAUGACAACCGGUGAAUCUGUAGCUGUGGUGAAAACAGAUAAGGAGACAUCAGAAUCAAUAUUGUCAGAUAGUAUUGCUCAUACCACCAUUUCUCCAAGGAAAGUAACCGUGUCUCAAGAGUUAGUUUAUGAAUUGGGCUCUGGUGUCGACAAAACUAUUAUAUCACCUGCAAAUGAAACAAAAUUUAAAUCUGACAAGCCUAUGCAAGUAAUUGAUGUUUUUACAACCACUGCAAGACCUGUUGAAGUAGCAUCAACUACUGCUAAGGCCAUCACAGUACAACAAAACACUGAUGCUAUAGAAAAAUUUUUAACAUCUUUAAAACCAGAAUCUUCAGCUUUUGUCGAUGUUUCCACUACACCGAAAGUCACUGAUAUUGUAUCAGAAGAACAAGAUAUUGUAUUUGCAUCAGAAAAAGUACCAGGUUUUAUGAGCACAUUUAAACCAACACCAAUUCCAAGCAAAGUGUUCAAACCCACACCAGAAGUAGAUGUUAUUGAUGGAUUUACACAGAAGCAUCUAACAGAUAUCAAAUCAAUUAAAGACGACAAAACACAGGCUCCGAAAAACAUUGAUAAAAUGGAUAAAGAACUCACCACAAUAAAACCAGAUACAACAGUAGAAGUACAUAUUACAUCGAAAACAGAGGCAGAAGUACAUCUUUUGAAAACAGAGGCUGAAAAAUCGACACCAAUUGUUGAAGUUAUUGAAGCUAAGCCAACAACACCGAUGCCAAUUAAAACUGAUGUGGACGAACAAUCUGUAAAACCAAUUGAUUUAGCAACAGCUAGUGACCCUAUAGUAGAAGGAGAAAAAAUGAGUGUAACAACACAGUCAGUUACACCAAUGCAACAACCUGACGUAGUUCAGACGACAACCGUAACCGUGUCUCAAGAGUUAGUUGAUGAAUUGGGCUCCGGUGUCGACAAAACUAUUAUAUCACCUACAAAUGAAACAAAAUUUAAAUCUGACAAGCCUAUGCAAGUAAUUGAUGUUUUUACAAUCACUGCAAGACCUGUUGAAGUAGCAUCAACUACUGCUAAGGCCAUCACAGUACAACAAAACACUGAUGCUGUAGAAAAAUUAUUAACAUCUUUAAAACCAGAAUCUUCAGCUUUUGUCGAUGUUUCCACUACACCGAAAGUCACUGAUAUUGUAUCAGAAGAACAAGAUAUUGUAUUUGGUUCUGGAGUUGAGGGAAAGGUAGCAUCAGAAAAAGUACCAGGUUUUAUGAGCACAUUUAAACCAACAUCAAUUCCAAGCAAAGUGUUCAAACCCACACCAGAAGUAGAUGUUAUUGAUGGAUUUACACAGAAGCAUCUAACAGAUGUCAAAUCAAUUAAAGACGACAAAACACAGGCUCCGAAAAACAUUGAUAAAAUGGAUAAAGAACUCACCACAAUAAAACCAGAUACAACAGUAGAAGUACAUAUUACAUCGAAAACAGAGGCUGAAAAAUCGACACCAAUUGUUGAAGUUAUUGAAGCUAAGCCAACAACACCGAUGCCAAUUAAAACUGAUGUGGGCGAACAAUCUGUAAAACCAAUUGAUUUAGCAACAACUAAUGACCCUAUAGUAGAAGGAGAAAAAAUGAGUGCAACGACACAGUCAGUUACACCAAUGCAACAACCUGACGUAGUUCAGACGACAAUCGGUGAAUCUGUAGCUGUGAUGAAAACAGAUAAAGAGACAUUAGAAUCGACAUCGUCAGAUAGUAUUGCUCAUACCACCAUUUCUCUAAGGAAAGUAACCGUGUCUCAAGAGUUAGUUGAUGAAUUGGGCUCCGGUGUCGACAAAACCAUUAUAUCACCUACAAAUGAAACAAAAUUUAAAUCUGACAAGCCUAUGCAAGUAAUUGAUGUUUUUACAACCACUGCAAGACCUGUUGAAGUAGCAUCAACUACUGCUAAGGCCAUCACUGUACAACAAAACACUGAUGCUUUAGAAAAAUUAUUAACAUCUUUAAAACCAGAAUCUUCAGCUUUUGUCGAUGUUUCCACUACACAGAAAGUAACUGAUAUUGUAUCAGAAGAACAAGAUAUUGUAUUUGGUUCUGGAGUUGAAGCAAAGCUAACAUCAGAAAAAGUACCAGGUUUUAUGAGCACAUUUAAACCAACACCAAUUCCAAGCAAAGUGUACAAACCCACACCAGAAGUAGAUGUUAUUGAUGGAUUUACACAGAAGCAUCUAACAGAUGUCAAAUCAAUUAAAGACGACAAAACACAGGCUCUGCAAAACAUUGAUAAAAUGGAUAAAGAACUCACCACAAUAAAACCAGAUACAACAGUAGAAGUACAUGUUACAUCGAAAACAGAGGCUGAAAAAUCGACACCAAUUGUUGAAGUUAUUGAAGCUAAGCCAACAACACUGAUGCCAAUUAAAACUGAUGUGGACGAACACUCU